AGCUGGAAAUUAUUCCUAAAUAUUCCAGCGGUGACGGCAUAUUCACAAAUCAACAUUUUCAUUUUUACUUUUUUUCAAUUGUUUCAUUUUUAAUCCAGUAGUAGUUCAGAUAGUGCAUUUGUUCAUUAUGAUAUCGCGUUUAAUUUUCGCCAUCCUAGUCCCUGGCAUUCUGAGCUGUUCGAAUGCAGUCUAUAUUUCUAGGGCGGGCGGAUACGACUUGGUGAUUGCCGUCGAUGAAUCAACUCCACCCCCAACCAAUUUUGGUGUAGGAGUUCAAGGUGUCCCAAAGUUUCUCAACAAUUUGCAGCAAGUAUUCACACAAUUCUCAAAUCAAUUGUGGCUCAGCACCAGGAAAAAGUUUCACAUCAAUUCUGUCGAGUUAUUGAUUCCACAAAAUUGGGCAACAGAUGCGACCACUGCCACCAUACAAACCUAUGCAACUGCAGAUAUCAAAAUUUCCAAUGAUUUUGACGCUGCAAGAGUGGAAAAUCCUAUCCCUUGUGGGGCUGCAGGGCAACACAUUGAACUUCCGACUGAUUUUUUCUCGGAAAUGGAUCAUGUAACUCCGCCUAAAUACGGCGAUCCAGUUAGAGCCAUAUUAAACUUAUUUGCUCGAUACCGUUAUGGCACUAAUGAGGAACACGGGGACAUUGGAACUGGCCAAUUUCCAUACUUUCACGUUAAGCCAUCAGUAAAUCCUGUCUGGACUGUUACAGGAUGUUCUGAAAAUUUAGAAGGUGACAUUCUGACCAGACAAGGACAAUCAAGCCCCGACUGCGACCCUAAAUCCAACGAUGGGCCAAACAGUGAAAAAUGCAGAUUUAUUCCAUCUGCAACUAAUUCGGUCAACACGUCUCUCAACUUCUUUCCAUGGGCAAAUGAUGUGACGGAAUUUUGCGAUGAAACAACUCACAACCAUGAAGCACCAAAUCGACACAAUCUGUGGUGUGGUCAUCGAAGUGUUUGGGAAGUUAUUAGAGAGAGUGAUGACUAUUAUCAGACGGUUGGCAGACCACUCGAUGACUUGCCCGAUAUGACUUUUAAGGUUGUCAAAAAUUCUCAGAAGCCGUUGCUGUAUAUUUUGCUUGACAAGGGGAGAACUUCCACAUCAUCCGAAAUCUUGGAUCAAAUUGUCCAAUGUCUACAAGCUUUUGUGAGUGACACCAAUCUUCCUCAAGAUAUCGUUACGGCUAUCGGAACGUUUCCCCAGAGUAGUAGUGACAGAAGCCACUUUUAUGUUAAUGAAGAGGGUGAAUGGUCAACAAUCCAGUCAGGAUCCGCAAAGUUUUCAAACGUCAUUCAAACCACUUUGGAACAUUACGAUGGUCCAGUUGUCCGUGACUUUGGCCUUGCUAUCCAAGAAGUCGUAGAGAAAAUACGUGCCAGAAGACAUGCGGCGGGCUCAAUUGUACUUGUGGUCAAGAGAGGCGCAACGCAAAAUGGUUUCGAGCAUAGCACCUACUUUGGGGACGUUCUUUCAUCCAUCCAAGAUCAAAAUCUGCGCUUGUUUGCAAUCGAAAUUCAACAAAGUCAGAAAACGCCAUAUGUGAAUCUCGAACAACUUGUUUCUCUCACGGAUGGGCAGCAUCAUGUCGUCAAUGGAACAACAGAUGUCAAGGCUAAACUUGACACAUUUUUGAACGUUGUUAAAAAAGAAUUUGAUAACGCUGUGGAGCCUGGAAUAAACAGAAAAUUUACGGUAUUCAAAGGAUUUGUUCCACUCCGAAGUGAAAUUGGGAUUCCGAUUCUUGAUGCAAAUAUCAAAUCCCUUGUGCUUUGCUUGACAAUCAAGAAAUACAUUUCUGAAGGUGAUGUUGAAAUUCGACAAGUUGAAGGACCCCCAAUAAGCUUUGAAACAAUUCGAAAUGACGAAUGGAACGAAGUAUCGGACGGAUCUAGGCGAACAGUUAUGAUCGCCAGAAUUGAGAACCCUCCAAAGGACUCCAAAUUUGACGUCCAUAUCACAAAUUGUUCCUCACAAGUAUCCGAUGAUUGUGUUGCCUUUUUGGUUGCAAGUGUCGAAACGGCUGACCCCGAAAAUCCUAGCAAUUCGUUGGACAUUCAAGUUGACACAUCGGCAGAGAAUAAUUACUUUGAUUUCGACCGUAGAGGUGCAAAAAUUGUCCCCUUGUCAAUCUUUGCUACAAUUGAGUCAGGUGGAAAGAGGGUGCUCAAUUUAGAAAAUGUAGAAGCUACAAUAAUUUUUGAAAAUUUGAGAGAAUAUACGAUUCCAUUAUUCGAUGACGGAUCUGGUCUUCCGGACGUUUCGGCAAAUGAUGGCAUUUACUCUUCGACUUUCACCCCUCCCCAAAAUGGAGUUUACAAAAUUUCAGUCUCAGUCUACCACCAAGUUGCUCUUAACCAAGUUUCCGAAGGCGACGAAGAAACCGUGAAUUUAUUGGGACGUCUCAUUCCAAUGGAUCAAUCUCAAUUUGGUUGUGCUUCGAGUUCUAAUCCAAGAUGCAGAUCAGCACAAAUCGGAGGCUACUUGGGUCGCUCCGAAAAUAUGCUCGGGACACUGUUGGUUGAGAAUGCGAUUACAUUUUCUCCACGACCUGUACGAAUUUUGGAUUUCACAGUGACUCGCUUACAAGGAUCCGAAGUGCAGUUUGGAUUCACAUCUCCGAAAAUAUUAGGAAUUGACAAUGCUAGAGCUGAAUGGUAUCAAAUUUACUUGGCUUCAAGCGUCGACAAGUUUGUAGGAGGAAUAGAUAAUUCGCUGCAUAUUGUUUCGGAAGAGGGUGUCCUUCCUGGUACUGUAGUAAAUGUAAAGUACGACUUUCGUGAUUACAACGAGAGUAGGGCAUUCUUUGCAGUAGUAGCCACAUUCAGAACGCAGACGUCUGAACCUUCGAAUGUUGCUGGGAUCGCCCUAAGAGAAGAGUAUGAGACAACAACAACGAUUAUAACCACACCCAUCAACACGCCUGCCCCAUCGACGACACCAGAAGCCAUUACACCGACUAAAAAGCCCUGGGUGAAAACUCCGGCCGGAAUCGGGACGAUAGUAGGAAUUGUUGUACUAGCAGUGAUUCUAGUUGUUGGGAUAUUCCAAUGUAUCCGAACCAGAAAACCUUCAGAAGGCAGAACUAUUUUUGCCUAGUCUAAUUAUAUAAGGUUUCAGUACAAUUUUCCCAAUCAACUCAUUUAUUUCUCGUAUAAUUUAAUAUUUAAACCUUAAUUGGACCUGUCAGUUUACAAAAUUCGGCAAUUUUAUACUCAAUUUAUACACAUUUACUAUUUUGACUCAUGUUCCCUCGCAUUUGGAUAAGGUGUUAUUAAUUUACACACUUUAUUUUGUAAAAUACAAGACUGUACAAUACUUUUUGUAUAAAUUGUUAAUAAAAUAAUUACAAUUUAAUCCGACUAGGAAAUACCAUAAAAUCGCAAAAA